AUGGCGCCGAACGAACGAUACGCUCGCGUUUCGGACGACGAAACCGAAAACAUUGGCAUGAUCAGCUCAGCAACAACUACGCGAACUCCUGAAUGGGCUGACAAUGCCGAGAAGAAUGAGAAGAAUCCUUGGUGGAAAUAUUUUGCCGUUGCCGGUGUCUUCUUUGCCCUCCUGAUACCUUCUGUCAGCUACACCUCUUCAGUCAUGCUUGAGAAUCGCGUUGCGCAGGCUGUGCAGGAAGCGCAAGCAACGCGAGUAAGCAAUAUUAGUCUGCCAGCUUCAACAUCCGGCACUCCAGCACCAGUCAAGGUCGCAAACAACAGAAUUUACGUACCUCUCGAUGAAGAAGAGAUCACUGGAAAGCCACUACUCCUUUCCAAUGGUACCACAAUCCUAGCAGGUAACCCUAUGGCCGGGAAGACCUUCGAGAUCCACGACUGCGGCCACAACGCGGAUGAGGCACGAGCCAAAGGAUGUGCCUACGAUGUGAUGAUGCAAGAAUGGACAAGUCCUGAAUGCAUCGACUGGACUCUAGCUGAGAAGUUCCUGGCUGCGGGAAAUUGGACAUGGUUCGCCAACCCAUCGGCGUCAGAGGUGUACGACGACAUCGAGAUAGCAAAAGGAAAUCAUGAUGUCGUUUAUGUGGAUCAAUCAUACCACAGGCACCAUUGCAUUUUCACAUGGGAGAGACUGGUCCGCGCAAUGCGGACGCAAAGACCACUUGUGGAGAAACUGGUUGACUACGAUCAUGUCAUGCAUUGCAGGAUGAACACGCUGAAGACGUUUGAGGAGGGAGCCCAGCCGGUGAGAGGUGUCGUUGCGCCAACUGUUUUCACAAAGUGUGCCAGUCUGGAUGUUUGGUUGACACACCUUCCUGGAAACAAGCACUCUUCGGUGGAUAGGAUGUUGCAAAUGAGGGACUGGCAUGUUAAGCAAUUCAAGACUCUUCCAGCUUCCAGCUACGAAUUCACUCUUGAGGAAACAUGCCUAGUCACGAUCGCUGUGUCGAGUUUUACUGCCUAG